AUGAGCUACCAAUACGCCGUAAACGAACCAAGCCUAGCCAGCUCGAACGAGCUGGAACUGAUUCUGGACGUGUACGAUGACGGAACGAUCCAGAUGGUUUCCGCUUCCGACGAACGGUUAUCAAUCGGGGGUCCAUACUCCCUUUCCGCCGAUCGCGAAUCUCUGCGCAAGGAACCAUCGAUCGAACGGCUGUUCGAAUGUGCCGAACUAAAGGCCCAGGCCCAAUCAUCACCUCAUCAUCAACCAAUAUCCACACUGGAGCUGCACCCAAGUGACGACGAGGAGGACGAUGGCUCUGAAUCCGACCGGGAGCCGGAACUGGUGGAGCUGUGUCCGUGCCGAUGCGAGGAUUGUCCCAGGGAGUGCUACGAGAGCAGACGAACUAGAGGGGACGAGAUGGUGAUGCUCGAGGCGAAUAUGUUGAUCAAAGUUCCGAUGAAGAGGAGAAACCUCGAGCGGUUGAUGCAGAUUGCCAAAUGUUGCGAAGAUAGGAUUAGAUGAGUCCGACAUAGAAAAUUGUGUGUUUUAAUAAAUGAACAAAUAAAUCAA